GUGAAUUUGUCUUGAACUUUUCUGGUCGAGAAUGAUUAGUACCUGUCUAAAUGGAGCAAUUCAAUUUUCCCAACGAAAAGCAACAAAAUAUCGUUGAAAUUAUAAAUUCAAAUUCCUCCCAAUGCAUAAUUGAUUGGGCCACAGAGAUUAUAAAAUAAACCGGGGCACCGGGAGCAAUGCCAGUUUUGCCAACGGUUGUAAUCGAUAUCGAGCCGAACACGAUGGAUACGGGAUACGGGUUGAAAAAUAUUCCAGAAACUUUUUCUGGGGUGGAUGUUUUCAUAACUGGUGGUACCGGAUUUAUGGGGAAAAUACUGAUCGAAAAGAUUGUUCGGUCAUGUCCGGAUGUGAAAAAUGUUUUUGUGCUUGUUAGGUCCCAAAAAGGCAAAAGUGCACAAGAAAGGAUUACGGAAAUGCUAAGUGUUCCUCUGUUUGAUGUGGUGCGAAAACUGUUCCCGGAGUUCGCGAAAAAAAUCAUCGCCAUUGAAGGCGAUUGCGUUCAACUGAAGCUAGGUUUGGAUGUAAAAAAUGUCCAGCGAUUACAAGCCGUACAGUUUGUGUUUCACGUGGCCGCAAGCGUGCGAUUUGAUGAUCCGUUGAAGAAAGCAAUUCUGAUGAAUGUAAGAGGAACGAGAGAGUUGUUGGAUCUGUGCAAAACAUUGACGAAGUUGAGAGCUGUUGUGCACGUAUCGACGGCUUAUUGUAAUCCCGAAGUGUUCGAUGUUGAAGAGCUUAUUUAUCCGGCAAAAAUGUCUUGGAAGGACGCUAUAAGAUAUGCAGAGCAAUUGGAUGAUGAAAUCUUUGAAACAUUAACUUUGAAGUUGACGAACUUCGCUAUAAACACGUAUACUUUCACCAAAGGAUUAGCAGAACAGAUUUGUAAAGACUACAGCGACGAAAUUCCACUGACUAUAAUGAGACCAUCGGUUGUUACGAAUACGGAGCGCGAACCGAUUCCUGGAUGGAUAGAUAACUUCAGUGGUCCCACCAGUCUUUUGAUAGGAGGCUGCACUGGUGUUCUUAGAGUGAUAUGGCUGAAACUAGAUAAACAUAUCAACUGCAUUCCGGCUGAUGUUUGCAUAAAAUCCUUCAUUAUUGCAGCUUGGAAGCGUGCCAAUUGCUCUUCGAAACAUUCGCUGGAUGUUUAUAACUGUGCGGUUGAUCACAUUAAAUCUUAUACCUACAGGUUUUUCUGCUGUGAAGCCAUGCCGAUCUACUACAAAAUUCCGUACACAUCGGCAUGGUACAAACCAGGCUAUGUUAGCUCUGCCCAUCAAUCUGUUUAUUUGGCUUUGUUCAUUUUGCUUCAACUUCCACCGGCGUUGAUAGUGGAUUUCGUUCAACGAUUGCAGAAUAAACAUCGAAAAAUCUUCAAACUACUUCGCGCAGGGUUCCAAGCAACAAUGGCCUUGAAACAUUUUACCCAUAACGAGUGGCAAAUAAAUAACAAAAAUUUCAGAAACCUCAGCAAUGAACUGCUCCGGCAAGAUAGGAAGGAUUUUUCCCUUGAUCACAUCACCGAAAGUUUAAUGGAAUAUUUCAGAAUCAGCACGUUGGGGUCCCGUAGAUAUUUGCUGAAGGAUCCCGAUCACACGAUACCGGCCGCCAUCAAACAGCUGAAACGGUACCACGUGAUUGAUGACACAUUGAAAGUGUUACUGGUUGGAGUCUUCUUUUGGUUUGUCUAUUGUGUAAGUUUGAAAUAAACUAAACCAGAUAUGAUCUUAAUAAAUUUAAU